CCGGAAGUGCAUACUGAUGACGUCACGUGGUUUUGUGUACACUGGUGGCCGGGCAGGUUAUCAUGUCCUAUCCGGCCCCCAAACUGAAACAACCAGAACUUCCCAAACACCUCCAACGCAGACUGCCCUGCAACCAGGGAGCCAUCAGAGCCAUCCGCUUCAAUGUGGAUGGGAAUUACUGUAUGACGUGUGGCAGUGACAAGUCCCUGAAGCUGUGGAAUCCACACAAGGGAACCAUGCUGAAAACCUACAGUGGUCAUGGGUAUGAAGUACUGGAUGCAGCGGGGUCAUGUGACAAUAGCCAGCUGUGCUCGUGCAGUUCAGAUAAAACCGUGAUCCUCUGGGAUGUGGCACAGGGUCUUGUGGUCAGGAAGUUUCGUGGACAUGCAGGGAAGGUAAACUGUGUGCAGUUCAAUGAGGAAUCUACAGUGAUCAUAUCGGGCUCCAUCGACUCUUCUAUUAGAUGCUGGGAUUGCCGUUCUCGCAAACCAGAAGCUAUUCAGAUAUUGGACGAAGCCAAAGAUGGAAUAUCCAGUGUCAAGGUGUCUGAUCACGAGAUUCUUGCUGGGUCUGUAGAUGGACAACUGCGUCGUUAUGACAUUAGAAAGGGAGAGAUGUACGCAGAUUAUGUUGGCAGUCCCAUUACAUGUGUGAGCUUCAGCCAGGACUCGCAGUGUCUAUUGGCGUCAUCACUGGACUCCACCCUCCGCCUCCUGGAUAAGGACUCAGGAGAACUAUUAGGAGAGUACACAGGACACCAGAACAAGAGCUACAAGCUGGAUAGCUGUCUGAGUGAGAAGGACACACAUGUGGUGGGCUGCUCGGAGGACGGGACUGUCUGUUUCUGGGACUUAGUAGAGGGCUCCCUUGUAUACAAGCUCCCAGUUAGUAAAGGUGUGGUGCAGUCGCUGUCAUACCACCCCACAGAGCCGUGCCUGCUCACCGCCAGCGAGGGGGAAGUCAAGGUAUGGAGCGAGGCGGCUCCUGAAGAAGCAUCCAGCUGACCAAAGAUACUCUGUAUAU